GGGGCUGAGGGACGGGUGGUUCUGGAGCGAUGUGGCCCCAGCGCCGGCGGGAGGUGGCACGGCGGCUUUGGGUUCGCCGGGGGAAAAGUUCCGCGGGAAGUGAGCUUUGGGUGAGGAUUGUCAGGCAUAUAUUGAUUAUUCUGGCAAAGAACAACCUGCACAAUCCUGUCCUGACUUCUGCUGUGGAAGUUGCACAAAUCGAUUCUGCUGCUCUAAUGUAAUAUUAAGAUUUGCUGAACAAUUUCAGUGUGUUCUACAUAAUGGAAGGAUGUCUCUCCCAGGAGAUCUUCUAAAUAAGAUUCAAGAGACCCAACUAGGAGAAUUUUGGGAUAAGUUUGACAAGACCGAGUUUGAAGACGAGGCAACCAAAAAAAUCCGUGAAUUGAUGUCCAAGAGCUGGAUCUCUGACUCAGACCUGGGGGAUUUUCAGGACCCUGAUGAUGACGUGCCUCUUGGCCUCGGUUUUGGAACCCUUAUUGCGAUUGGAGUUACUGUUUGUGCAGUGAUUGUCAUCACUAUUAUUCUGUGCCUCACCUGCUCCUGUUGCUGUCUCUACAAAGCAUGUCGGAGACCACGGCCUGUAGUGACCACCACUGCUACCACUACAGUGGUCCACGCUCCUUAUCCCCAACAACCAGCGGUGCCACCCAGCUAUCCAGCAGCUCCAUAUCAAGGAUACCAGCCCGUGGCCAUCCAGCCCCAGCCGGGAAUGCCGGUAGCACCGUACCCUGCACAGUAUCCUCCCCCUUACCCCAUGCAGCCCUCGGGACCGCCGGCCUAUCAUGAGACAGUGGCAGCUGGUGCUGGAGCCCCUUACCCAAGCCAGCCCCCUUACAACCCUGCUUACAUGGAUCCUCAGAAACCCACCUAUUGAAAAGCUCUUCUACUGUGCUUCUGCAUAUGAAACUUUAUAAAAUAUAAUUUGUUCUGUUUACACCCUGCACCAUUAGUAUAUUUUUCUUGAAGACAGCAAUCUUUUGUCUAAAUAAAGUAAAAAGUAAUUCAGUAUGUUUAAUGCUGCAAGGAAGGAGUAUUUUUCUUGCAGAAGUUGUUCAUUUAUACCUCAAGCAAAUACAAAAAGAGAUUUUGCUCUAAAUACAAUGAGAAGCAUGAAGAAGGAGUACUUCAGAAAUACAGAACCACAAUAACAUUUGCUGUGCAAUAAUUUUGAAAGGAUUGGUCUAAUAUGAGCAUUGUCAAACACCCAAAGCUGUAGCAAUCUUUUGCACAGUAUUAAAACAUAAAAACUUAACCUCUAAGAAACUACCUGAUACAUGUUACAUAUGUUCUGCCUGUUUUGAAGCUACUAUUGUUAGGUAAGCUGCCAUUUAAUACAUUUCAUUUACCAUUCAAAAGGGAAUUUUCCUUUUUUGCAACACAUUUGCCUUCAGUAGGGGGUAGCAAACCGUGUUUAAUUGUCUCUGGACUAGCUCUAAAUAGCACAAGUUGGUGAUGUCCUUGUUUUCUUUCCCAA